UGAUGACUGCGUGGCCCGGCCGGAUGGCAGCCAGGCUCCACUGAAGAAACAUCUUAGAGAUUCAUUGUAUUUCUAAGCCUUCGAUAAGCCUUGUGGCUAUUGACCCUCUUACGAAAGAUACAUUUUGGAAGUCAAAAUGGAAGGUGUCCAAGAAAUUUUGGAUCAGUUAUACAGGAAAGUACUUCUUGGAGCCACCCUUGAAGAUGACGUCUAUGGUUACAUCUUUUAUCUCAACCCAGAUCUCUCAGAACAAGCUGUCUGUACCACCUCCUCUGUAGCUCAGUCUAAUGUCAAUGGUAUGCUCAAUGGCAUGCCAGGCCAGCAUGGGCCAUCCUCCCACGAGGUGACCGUCCUUCCUGAAGCACAGGAGUGUUCCAAGAGACAGCUUCAGAUGAACAGGGCCUGGGAGGUGAAGCUUCUUCAGUUAACAGUGAUUGACGUGAUACUGAGCCGAGUGCUGUCUGCUAAAACUGAGACCCACGCAAAGGAGGGGUACAGAGAGCUAACUGAAGUCCUUUUGCAGUCCACUGAACUCGAUUCCAAAUUGAUCUACAUGCUCCAGAAUUCCGAUAAGUUGUUGUCCCACAUGGCUGCCAAGUGCCUCGCCUCGCUCCUGUAUUUCCAGUUGAAAGAGAAGAAAACGUUAAGUAAUUCCUGGAUCACUUUUUGCCAGAGGCAUCUCUCUGAGUCCUGUGAGAGUGGUGAAGCAGUGCAUUGCCUCUGGGUCCUUACAGCUGUAAUAAAAGAGAUCUUUAAAGAUACACAUUCACAGAGAUCAGAAAGUCUAAAGCAGCUCUUGACUCCUUUUGACAUUACUUUUGAAGUGUUCUACAAUUCCUUGUUUUCUCAGCAUUUUGGAAAUGUGCAGAGUCCCUCUCACAUAAUCAACAGCCUGGUGUGCUUUCUGGAGCUGCUCGAGCUUCUUGUGGCCUCCAGAAUCCACCUGAAGCUGCACUUUAGGAGCCAGAGGAUGUUAUUGUUGAAACCCCGUGCUCUAGAUAUUCUUGCCUGGCCUAUUCCAGCUUUUAUAAAAAGGAAAUUUGUUAUACUCAUCAAAAAAUGCCUUCUCUGUAAAGUGGGCGAAGACCUUUGCAGUGAAUCUGUGCCCACCCUGAUGUCACCAGACCAUCUUCUGGAUGGUGACAUGCUCGCUUUAGCUGAUGCACUCCUGCACGCUGUACAUUUGGGGUUGUGGAAGGCACUGACUGUUCCUGGAAAGCCUUCCUGCUUUGGAGGGGAUGAAGUUCAACCUGGAGGCAGACUCAGGGCUGGUCCUGAUCACGUGACCCUGAGAGCAGCAAGCUUGAUUACAGUGAAAUCCUUAGAAAUCAAGUUCCGGAAUUGUUCCUCAGCAACUGAAAUGAAAGUUGACUUACAGAAGUUCAUGUCUGAGUUACUGGCCUUCUUAAAGCCUCACCUCCAGCCCUCUCUCCAGCUACACAACCCAUGUGAGUGGCUGUCCAGGGUCUUCAUAGAGCAGGACGAUGACAUGCUGGAGGCUGCCAAAGCAUCCCUGAGCAUCUACCUCCAGCUGACCAGAGAAUGGGAUGCUUCUGCAAGUCUGACCCAAGAAAAGGAAGCAUGGAUCCGCUACACACAUGAACAUGGCUGCAACCCUCACUGUGUUUUCUUAUUCUUCUUAAAGAAUAUAGCAUUCGAUUCUACAGUUCUUCUUGACUUCUUGAUAUCCUCAGAAACCUGUUUCCUUGAAUAUUUUGUUAAAUAUUUAAAACUCCUGCAGAAAGACUGGGGCCACUUUCUGUCCAUCUGCAAGUUCUUUGCUGCAGUGGAAUCACAAUGUAAAGUAAAUGUUCAUGAUUCUGUCCCCUCACCUGCCCGUGACAGAAACACCAGCCACACAGUACCUCAUGCUCCAUCUUCUGUUGGCCACAAAAAUGCUUGCUCCUGGCUCCCCUGGGCUUCUGAUGCCUCCUCUGAAUCCCAGACCCAGGUUGUGGUGCCUAUGGAAACUCACCCAGUGCCAGCUAAAGGCCCACCUUCCCGGACACCACAGAGUCUGGUAGAUUAUGACAGCUCUGAAACUUCUGAUGAGGAAACCACAAAUGAGUCUUUAGCAAACAGCAAACAGACAUCUUUAUGCCAAGAGAUAACUGAGGAAAUCCAAGGCCUGCCUAGGACACAGAAGGAUCAAAAGGAACGUAGCCUGGAGCCUCGCUCUAGGCCUCUGCUCUCUGCAGAGUCCAGUUCUCCCUUCUCUGCUGAGGGUAGAGUUGCUCCAGACAGGACUCUCUGGGAAGUGAGAUUGUUUCUUUGUGCAGUGAAGUGCCUUGAGGAGCUACAGGGUGCAAUUUACCGUUUGCAGGAGAAAAAUCUCUUUCCAUAUAACCCAGCAGCACUUCUGAAGUUGUUGAAAGCCGUGGAGGCCAAAUGUAAGGAGGCCAACAUGUGAGCUGUGGGUAACACAGCAGCAUUUGUCCUCAGGUUUGUUUUCUUUUAUAUAAAUUGUCUAUCUAAGAUAAAUAAAAACAAACAAAAACUGCAAAAA